GAUGCACCGCAUUGCCUCCCUGCUGCUGCUGCUACUGGCCGCACUGAGUUGCAGCGCUUCCUUUCUGCUUCCGGAGGCGAUGAUUUGCUGCAGAUGACAUCAGACGCGGUGGAUGCUGGAAAAGAGACAGGCAGCUAAUGUGAUUCUCCUCCCAGGGUCCCAGCCCAGGCUCGCCGUAUAAAAGGCUGCCCACCUCCCCUCCCCGGCUCACUCCCUGCUGCCUGCUCUUACCCGCCGGGUGUAGCCGAGUGAGGGAGACCAGGAGGAAUAUCAGUGAGAGGAAGCCUGCAGGGUGGGGGGAUAGGAUGGCAACCCUUGUGGAACCAGGACCGGCCAUGGACCCAGCACACACCGUCCCGAUCCCAGCAGCCUCCCCCAGCCUCUCGCACAGGUUCCUGGACAGUAAGUUCUACCUGCUGGUGGUUAUUGGGGAGACAGUGACCGAGGAGCAUGUGAGAUGCGCCCUGAGCAACAUCGAGAGAGGAAUCCGAUCAUGGGACACAGAUCUAAUUCAGUGCAACUUGGAUCAAGAGCUUAAGCUUUUUGUGUCGCGCCACUCAGCCAGAUUUUCUCCUGAAGUUAGAGGACAAAAAAUCCUUCACCACAGGAGUGAUGUAUUAGAAACAGUCGUUUUAAUCAACCCAUCAGAUGAAGCCGUCAGUACUGAGGUACGACUGAUGAUCACAGAUGCUGCUCGACACAAGCUUCUGGUGUUGACUGGACAGUGCUUUGAAAAUACUGGCGAACUUAUUCUCCAAUCAGGAUCCUUUUCUUUUCAGAACUUUAUUGAGAUAUUUACAGAUCAGGAGAUUGGUGAACUGCUCAGUACAACACACCCUGGGAACAAAGCAAGUUUGACACUUUUUUGCCCUGAAGAAGGAUAUUGGAAGAAUUCUAAUCUAGAAAGGCACAACCUUCAAGAUUUCAUCAACAUUAAACUUAAUUCAGCUUCAAUUUUGCCUGAAAUGGAAGGAUUAUCAGAAUUUACAGAAUAUCUGUCUGAAUCUGUAGAGAUGCCUUCACCUUUUGAUAUUUUAGAACCCCCAACCUCUGGAGGCUUCCUAAAGCUCUCAAAACCUUGUUGCUAUAUUUUUCCAGGGGGUAGGGGUGAUUCUGCCUUAUUUGCUGUAAAUGGCUUCAAUAUGCUUGUUAAUGGUGGAUCUGACAGAAAGUCUUGUUUCUGGAAACUUAUCCGACAUCUAGACAGAGUAGAUUCGAUUUUACUUACUCACAUUGGUGAUGACAACCUGCCUGGUAUCAAUAGUAUGCUGCAAAGGAAAAUGGCAGAGCUGGAAGAAGAACAGUCUCAAGGUUCAACUACUAACAGUGACUGGUUAAAAAACCUUAUAUCUCCAGAUCUCGGAGUAGUGUUUUUAAAUGUACCAGACAAUCUAAAAAAUCCAGAACCAAACUUUAAAGUAAGAAGAAGUUUGGAAGAAGCUUGUUUUACACUUCAGUAUUUGAAUAAACUGUCAAUGAAACCUGAACCUCUUUUCAGAAGUGUAGGAAACACAAUUGAUCCUAUCAUUUUAUUCCAAAAAAUGGGUGUCGGGAAACUUGAGAUGUAUGUGUUAAACCCAGUAAAAGGUAGCACAGAAAUGCAAUAUUUUAUGCAGCAGUGGUCGGGGAACAAUAAAGAGAAAACUGGUUUAAUUUUACCUAAUGGACAAGAAGUUGAACUACCUGUUAAUUAUUUCACCUCAAUUUCAUCUCUAAUUGUAUGGCACCCAGCAAAUCCAUCAGAAAAAAUUGUGAGGGUUCUGUUUCCAGGGAACACAACUCAAUACCAAAUACUUGAAGGUCUAGAAAAACUCAAGCAUCUAGAUUUUCUCAAGCAGCCUGUUAUAACUCAGAAAGAUUUGAGUGAUAAUGUCUCAAGCCCUGCAGUAAAGCAAGCAAAGAUUAAGCAGAGAGCAGAAAGCAAAGAGAGCUUAAAAAUGUCCACAAAAACUCCUUCCAGUAAGCCAGUUAGAAAGGGAUCUAAAGAAGAGCCAGUGGAAGCUGUUAAAAGUAGCCAUACUGAACAGAGCCAAAAAGCAGAGAGUAAAGAUAAAGUCCCAGUCAAGAAAAGUGAGACUAAAUUCUUACCAGAAGCAAACAAAGAGCCCACAAUUAAACAAGAACAAGUAGAAAAACAAAAAGCUGACGUAAAACCUAAAAUUGUUAAAGAAAAAGCAGUAAAAAAAGAAGUAAAGUCUAAAUCUGAAGAUGUUAAAGAAGAUAAAGGCAAGAAAGACCCAGUUAAAAAGGAAGACAGACCUGUUGUCAAGAAAGAAGACAAAGCUAAAAAAGAAGUAAAAAAAGAAUCAAAGAAAGAGGAGAAAAAGGAGUUGAAGAAAGAAGUAAAGAAAGAGACACCUCAAAAAGAAGUAAAGAAGGAAUCAAAAAAAGAAGAGAAAGAAAAAAAGGAAGAAAAGGAGUCCAAAAAAGAAGGUAAGAAGCCUUUAAAAGAGACAAAGAAAGUACCAGCACCUUCUACUGACAGUAAGAAGACUUCUGUGAAGAAAGUACAAAAGAAGGAUGAUGUGAUAAAGAAAGAUAGUGCAACUCCAAGCAAAACAAAGGACAAGGCAAAAGUAAUAAAGAAAGAAACUAAGGUCACUGAGAAAAAGCCAGUGUCUGGAGCAGUUGCUGCUGCAGCAACUGUAUCUGCUGCAGCCGCGGCUGCUGCAGCAGCUGCCAUUCCUGCCUCAGUGGAAACCACUCGGAAAGCAGCAGACCUUUUGGCAGAAAGAUCAUUGAUGUCUUCACCAGAGGAUUUAACAAAAGACUUUGAAGAACUGCGAGAUGAAGAGAUUGUAUUGAAUACAGUUGAGUUGAAAUCUCAGUUACAGGAACCUAGUGAUGAAGCUGAUAUAGUACAUAUUGAGUCUUAUGCCAUAAAGAAAGACCACACUAGCAGUGAAGAACCUGCUGAUUCUCCAGAUGAAGGUAUUACUACUACAGAAGGGGAGUGUGAACAGACCCCAGAAGAACUAGAGGUGGUAGAAAAACAUAGAACAGAUGAAAAUGAGAAGUUUGAGGAUGAAGGAACUGGUCUUGAGGAGUCAUCUGAGGCAGGGGACUAUGAAGAAAAAGCAGAAACAGAAGAAGUUGAGGAACAAGUGGAAAAGACAUCACUAGAAGACCAACCAGCCACAGCUGAAGAAGAUGGAACUGAAGAAGACCUUGACACCGAUGCCUAUGAAAGCAGAAAAGAGAAACAUGACAGUCAUGAAGACAUUGCUGAUAUUGAAGCUGCAGAUGAACAAGCUGAAGAGGAUAUUGAUGAAAGUUUGGAAAAAGGAGAAGCUGAUGAGACAGAAGAGGAAGUGGAUGAGGAUAAAACAGAUGAUGCCAAGGAUGAUGAACAAGAAACAGAGAAGUAUGAAGCAGAGCGGGAUUACACUACAGCUGUUAAAGAGAAAUCUGAGUUCAUAAGUGACAGUGAUGAUAAAUAUGUAUUGUCUGCUAUACCAUGCAAGACAUCUGAACCUCCAUCACCAGCUGUAGAGCCAGGUGCUUUUAUUCAUGAUGAAACUUUGCCAGGUGGUUCUGAAAGUGAGGCAACUGUUUCUGAUGAAGAAAAUAGAGAAGAUCAACCAGAAGAAUUUACUGCUACUUCAGGAUUUACUCAUUCUACCAUUGAAAUAUCCAGUGAACCCACUCCAAUGGAUGAUAUGUCUACUCCUAGAGAUGUGAUGAGCGAUGAAACCAAUAAUGAGGAAAGUGAAUCUCCUUCUCAAGAAUAUGUGAACAUUACUAAGUAUGAAGCUAACCUCUGCUCCCAGGAAUAUGACAGAACUAGAGUUUCACCACUGCCUGAUGCUUUAAAUGGUUUAUCUGAUGUCUCAAAAACAGAUGCAACAGAAGGUCUAGAAUACAAUGCUUCAGCAUCUACUCUUUCACCUCCAUCAUCAUUAGAGGAAGACAAAUUCUGCAAAUCAUCCCUGCGUGAAGCAUAUACUUAUGGAAGCAGUGGAACAAUAGGAUCUACAAAACUGGAAAUAAAUGAGGAUUUUGAACUGGAUGAACCGCAUAGCCCCAGUAAAAGUCCAGUUCCACCUUCACCAAUAUCUAAAACCCCAUUAAGUGAACGUAGCGUUAACUUUGACUUGACACCUAAUGAAAUAAAGGCAUCUGAACUUGGUGUUCUCCCACCAUUGCCUGAUGAAGCUCAUGAGGUAAAUGAGCAAUGUGCCAGCCCUGAAGAAAAAACUCUGGAAGUUACAUCUCCAUCACAAUCUGCGGCAGGAAGCGCAGGCCAUACACCAUAUCAUCAGUCCCCAACCGAUGAGAAGUCUACAAAUCUUUCCCAAGAAACAGUACAAAGGACAGCUCCUGUUCCUGUAGUGUUUGAGAUCUAUGAUUCAAAAGAAAAGAACGAUAGUCCUCGCAUAAGUCCAAUGGAUGAGCCAGUACCAGACUCAGAAUCACCAAUAGAGAAAGUUUUAUCACCAUUACGUAGUCCUCCACUAAUAGGAUCAGAAACCUCUUAUGAAAUGUUAUUGACAACUAAUAUAAAGACUUCUGCUAGACAUGACUUUGAAAAAGUUACUGAUGAUGAUAAUGAAAAAUCACCUACUCGGAUUAGUCCAGUAUCUGAAAUGUUAUCAAGUUGUAUCAGCCCAGAGCAAAACAAAAAGAGUCCUGGGCUCUCACCAAGUAAAGAGUUUUAUUCAGAUGCAGCAACUAAUGAUUUUGAUCAAAAAGGUAUUUCAUCUGGAAUGGUAAAUGGCGGGAAGUAUGCAGGAGAUUUUUCACCCACUCAAAUUAGCACUAAUCCAUUCAUUUCAUUUAAAGAGGACACAAAGAUGUCAAUUUCUGAAGGUACAGCUUCCGACAAAUCUGCUACACCUGUAGAUGAAGUUGUUGCAGAGGACACUUAUUCCCAUAUAGAAGGUGUUGCUUCUGUUUCCACUGCAUCUGUUGCAACUAGUUCAUUCCAAGAACCAACCACAGAUGAUGUAUCUCCUUCUCUGCAUGCUGAAGUAGGGUCACCCCAUUCCACAGAAGUAGACGACUCGCUCUCUGUAUCUGUUGUUCAAACUCCAACUACAUUCCAUGAAACAGAAAUGUCACCAUCUAGAGAUGAGUGCCCCAGACCAAUGUCUAUUUCUCCACCAGAUUUCUCCCCCAAGAUUGGAAAAUCAUCCAUUUUAUUGCAUGAACAGAGGUCACCAGAACAGUCCACAAUGGAGUUUAGUCAAGAAUCACCAGAACAAUCUUUUGCAAUGGAUUUUAGCAAGCAGUCUCCAGAGCAUCCUGCAGUAAGUUCAUGUAUGCUACAUAUUUCUGAAAAUGGACCAACAGAAGUGGAAUAUAGCCCAUCUGAUCCUCAUGAAUCUUACUUUGGCAAAAAUAUCUCCAUUGAUAAUGUAUGCUAUGAUGCCAAUACAGAAGAUUUGCAGAAAGCGGAAAAAUGUAAUGUAGAAGCUUCUCCUUCUACUUCCUCGGCACAUACACCUUCCCAGGUUUCUUCUCCUUUGAAGGAAGAAGAAGGGUCACUAACAGAUGUCAUUCAAAAUACAGAUUUGCCCCUCUACUCCCCACCUAUUCUAGAACAUAUGUACUUCAUGGAAGGAAAGUUAUCCCCUGAAACUGAUGCCUCUCCAUUAACACCAACACCAUCCUCACUAAAGCAAUCACCUGGUAUUUCCAAUACUUCACCAGGAAUGGAACCUAGCAGAGAUCACCAGUCACCAUCACCACCCUUAAAGGUUUUGCCAGAUGAACCAUUUACCUUUCAGAGCAGAUCAUCAAUCUCACCAAAACAGUCCCCCAUUUUGCAUAGUACAAACCCAUUUGUCUGUGCAGCAGACCUAGAUGAAAGGGAAAACUAUCAUAGUGUAUCUGAUUCUUACAACUAUGGUGGUGAUAUUAAUGAUAAAUAUUCUGUUGCAGACAAGCAUUCUUUUGCAGAAGGCCGUCAAGAUGUUGACCUCUGCCUUGUUUCUGCUUGUGAAUAUAAGCACCCCAAAACAGAACUGUCCCCUUCUUUUAUCAAUCCAAAUCCCAUAGAGUGGUUUGCAAGUGAAGAUCAUUCUCAAGAACAAGAAAAGCCAUUAGCUCAACUUGGAGGUGGACAGCCACCAUCAGGUGGAAAACAGAAAUCACGCCAAUGUGAUGAAACUCCUCCAACCUCAGUGAGUGAAUCUGCCCCAUCUCAAACAGAUUCUGAUGUCCCACCAGAGACUGAAGAAUGCCCUUCUAUAACAGCAGAUGCAAAUAUAGACUCAGAAGAUGAAUCAGAGACCAUUCCCACUGACAAAACAGUAACAUAUAAACACAUGGAUCCUCUUCCUAUGCCAGUGCAGGAUCCAAGCCCAUCUUCACGUCACCCUGAUGUAUGCAUGAUGGACCCAGAAGCUUUGCCAGUCGAACAGAAUUUAGGUAAGCCAUUGAAGAAGGACAUAAAAGAGAAGGCAAAAACCAAAAAAGUUGGAACCAAGACCAAAUCAUCAUCCCCUGCCAGAAAAAGUGAAAUUAAAUCAAAGCUGUCAGCUGCAUCACCAAAACCAGGACCAAUCAAGGAAACAUUGGAAAAGGGUUCAAAGACUGUUUCUCCAAAAAAGAAAGAUUCUGUUGAGAAGGGACCAAAGGGAAGCUUGAAUCAAGAAAUAAAAUCCAUAAAGACUGAAGAGAAAGAUAAACAGACAAAGAAUGCCACAAAUACAUCUGCAACAAAAUCUGCCAAAACUGCUAACACAGGAAGUGGCACCAGUAAAACAUCUAAGUCAGCAGCUGUGCCCCCGGGACCACCUGUAUAUCUGGAUUUAGUGUAUGUACCAAAUCACAGCAACAACAAAAAUGUAGAUGUGGAGUUUUUCAAAAGAGUUCGAUCUUCCUAUUAUGUGGUGAGCGGCAACGAUCCCGCGGCUGGAGAACCAAGCAGGGCAGUCCUGGAUUCUCUACUCGAAGGCAAAGCCCAGUGGGGAAACAAUAUGCAGGUCACAUUAAUCCCUACUCAUGAUUCUGAAGUAAUGAGGGAAUGGUAUCAGGAGACCCAUGAAAAACAGCAAGACCUCAACAUUAUGGUUUUGGCAAGCAGCAGCACGGUUGUUAUGCAAGAUGAAUCUUUCCCCGCAUGCAAGAUUGAACUGUGAAUAGGCCACCAGACUCUUCAUCGCAUUAUACAACUGAUUUCCACAAACUUCACCUAGAGAUUACAAAUGUCUUAUUAAUCUGCAGAACUAUAUUUAUGCCCAGCGCUAUCCAUGCUGACACGGAUGACUGUAAUAUCUCCACUCAUCUCUAUGGCAAAUUGCAAUGCUUCCUACACAGGGUUCAAAUCACUGCAAGGUCACUUAUCCAGGUAUAAAAUACAGGUCUGUAAAAAUGCUCUUGCACAUUAUAUUUUCUUUAAAGCCCAGAAUAAGAGCUUCCUUCAGGACAGAAAGUAAAUGAGAAAGAAGAGAAGGCUUAAGCACAGGACUUGGUGUCAGCACUAAUACAAGUAAAUGUUAUUUCUCUUUUGAUGAUGAUGCCCCUAUGAAUUGUUUAUGCUGCAGUUUGAUGGGUGACAUCAUGGCAGCGUUUUGGUUUCUCAUGCAUGACAGCCUUUGUUCAAAAAGCCUUUUUGUCACCAAAUCUAUGUAAAGAUCUAACAUCACUGUUCCAGGCUGGGUGUGCAUCAUGCAGUCUACAGAACACACCAAACCUGGUUUGAUAAGGAACCCCACUUCUAUCUGGAUCAGAAACUGCAAUACUAGCGUUAGGCAUGCAGUUGUAAACAACCAAUCCCUGAAGACAAAAAUACAAAUCCUGAUGCAUACGGACUUGUCACUUUACUCAUUCAACCAGUUCCAAAAUAACCCCUUUCUUUCCGCACUGUCGAUUUUGCAGUGCAUACACAGGAGCGAAAUACCAAAGCAUUCAGAAGUACAUGCGUUGAACAAUUUGCCUUAGAAAGUGACUUGAAUGUAUAAAGAUAACUCGAUGCACUUAUUUUUAAAUGUUUUGACGGCAAGUGUACAAGACAACUGCAGUGUGGGAGAUUUUAGCUGGGAAAGUGUGUGCGUGCAAGGAAGGGUUUAUCUAAUGGGGAACACCAUGAUGGGAGGUUGUGCCAAGGCUUCGGGAACUUUAAUGAGCGGCAAUGAUUUUUAUUGGUCGUGCUUUACUCUUCCUCUUACGCGUGAUUCAUUGGUUUUACAAAAUGUAGGAACAAAUGUACAGUUCUUUUUAAAAUCGAUGUAGGUAGUUUUAUGUAAGUUUUCAGGUUUCAAGCAAAUACUAUUUUUUACAUUUUUUUUUUGUUUUAGCCACUCUGUGAUGUGUUGAUGAAUGUCUCUUGCUGAACACGAUAUUGGCUAUAAAGGAAUAUGAAAGCAAGUUUUUAAGAGCUUGUAGUGAAGUAAAUACUAACAAUUAGAACACUGGCCAGAAUGAUUUCAUGUUAAAUGAAUUAAGUGAAUCUAUGGUUGUACUUUUUAUGGAAACCAACCAGGCCCAUAACACAGGGACAGAGCAGAAGAGCUUUCUGGUGGUGAUCCAGAUAUAGACUGGGCCCUUAAACCUCUUGUUAAGCCACUGUAAUGCAAGCACUGCAGGGUACCAGGAGGGACUGCAGGGCAAAACAGAUCAUUGAUAAUCUGGCUGAGGAAUAAAACUUUCUGGGCAUGUGUAACAGUAAAAUUACCAUCAAUUUAAAGAGCAUGGGGUUUAGAACAUGACCUAUAUUUGUGUAUUUUUUUUAAUUGAUGCAUUAUACUUAUUUCUGGAGUUUACACUAUUUGAAAUAUUUUUUUUUUGCACUGAAUGUCAAUGAAUUUUGGUACUAUUUUUUUGGACUUGUUCGGUCCAUUUAAUGCUGUGAAUGAUGACACUUUAAUAAUUUAUGUGAUCCACGUAAAUCAUUUUGUUUAUAAGCAAUGAUAUUUAUUGCUUUGGUAUUUAUAUGAAGUUGCAAGCAUUAUUUUGGGUCAAUUGCCACAUGUCCCCCCAGGGACUCACUAAGGCUGUUUGGUGUACUUUUUAUUAGAUCCGUGUCCCCAUUUUGGGCUGCAGAAGAACGAUUCUGUGCCUUGUUAUGUCCGUGCCAGUCCAAAACUUGGAUAUAUCACAUGCAUAGUGCACUGUGGGCGUGGCUAAAAGUAAACGCAUGCAUAAUGCUCACCGGAUCUCUGCAUGUGCUCUGCCAAGUUUAGCUGAUAUUUUACUUUCAUUCUUAUGUUGUAUUUCAUUUGAACAUUUGUUUUUAUUGUACUUGUAUAUGUGGCAUCUAUUCAUAAACACUAAUCCCUCUACUACUCUUCCAAUAGCAUUGUGGGUAUAUAAUGAUGCUGCCGAUAUAUCCGGAGCGCUUGUUUUAUCCUCCCCUGCCAACUAUGAAUUGUGUUUUGUUUACAAAUUUCUUUUGGUUUAAAUCAUUGCAGGAAACAUUAAAGGGGGGAUAUUCUAUGAUAAAGACUUAAAUAGCCUGUAAAGGGCAUAUUUUCUUGUGUGCACCAUUCCUUCUCUGCAUGUCUGUACUUUUACACAUACAGAAGCUGCCAUAUUGCUUACAUGUCUUAUCCAUUCUCAAUAGACAGGGCUGCUAGCAUUGUUCCUAUUGGGAAUGAGGUUUAAAGGGCAACCUGUAUGGUAGAGUUUACAGAGAGGGGAUAUUUGUUGCUCACACUAAAUUAAACACUUGCAUGUUAAGGAAAACAAUGCAAAAUAAGUCAUUUUUUGUUGCCUUGAGUAAUUAAAUAAAAGAGUUUUGCCAAUUUAUUUUACCAUAAAACAAUAUGAUGAAGGAGGACAAUUUUACUGAAAUUGUUAGCACCAUGGAUUGAACCUGACAAAGGCAACCAUUGCCUCAAGUGUUGGCAAGCUACCAGCCCCAAGAUGUUGGGGUGCUGGAAGUUGAAAGUCAACAUCAACUGGAGGCCUAUGGGGUGUCCACCCCUGUAUUAGGCCCUGACAACAAAAAGUACUCUAUAUAGAAUUACUGGGACAUUACAUUGGGAAAUUAGAAGUGAUAGCCUUAGCUCUGACUGGUACAUCUAGGGCCAUGAAGGCUUAUGGAAUAAAGCAUGCUCCAGUCUGAUAACCCAUAGCAACCAAUCAGGUGUUAGCUUCCAUAACAGCAGGCCAGUAAGUGCUACCUUCUGAUUCAUUGCUAUGGUGUACUAGAACUGAUGGAAACUUUAAGCAAAAUAAUCUUAUAACACAGUGUAUGGCAUUACCAUUUCUUGGGGGGAAUGAGCAUGAUUAGGAUAGUAUUUCACUUGUUAUUUAGUGAUCUACAUGGCAACGCAACUUGAGCAAGAACAGAUCAAUAAUUAUUUUUUUUUUACAAAAUGUGCCAACUCAACAAAUUUGGUACAGGCGUAAAUAUAUAAAACAUUGACUGGGGACCAGUGAUAGAUCAAAUAUUAGAACACUCCUGAUGUUAUGAUUCUUUCACUCCCAUUUAUUUCGGAUUUUCUAAAAAUAUUGACAGUACUGGUAGCGGGUUGGGCAUAGAUUCCAAAUAAAAGCAUAGAACUGUGCCCAUGGGGGAAUAUAGCAGUACUGCAGAACUCCUUUAUGGAUGAUACCUGAAUUGUAACCCUAGCAGGUCUUCUGAGGUCUCUACAUACGGGCGACAUCCCCUCAUCUUCACAAGCUACUGCAAUUAUGAGAGGAGUUGGAGACAAUCAACAGCUGGAGAACCACAGGCUGUCUAUCCGUAUAUAAGAGAUAAUGUACCCCCUAUUGUAAAGUAUAAGGAUACAGAAAAUGGAACUUGAAAAUUCCAUGACCAUAUGAAAGGAUGAAGAAGCAGGUCAUGGAUCUUUAAUAUUCUCAUAUAUUACAAUAGGUGCUACAUUAUUUUAUAUAACAGAUACAUUAAAUGUGACACAAAUAACAUCACUUAGCACUGUUUGUAAAAUUAUAUUUUACAGGUUAUUGAAGGCUCUUGUGUAUUAUACAACAUUAAAGUAAAGCAGAUUCAUACAAUGUAUUCUAAAUACACAUAGUCCUAGAGGUUCAGUACAUUGGGUACAGGUUGAGCCUAGAACACAAAUAUAGGCCUCGCAAUAUUGUCAUUGACAUUCCAGAUUGACUAAUUUGAUUUCCUUCAGCAGAAAAGAUCUAGAAUUAAAAAGCUUUCUGUACUGUAGAUGUGCUGAGCUUAGGAAUAGGAGAAACGAGCAAUGUUGCUGAACUACAGUUCCCAACACCACUAAGCUGCCUAGUGAUGAUGGGACUUGUAUUUAAUCAAUAACUUGAGGGCCAUAAAUUGGAAAUCUGUGCUGAAUAGGUUUAAAUUUAUAAUAAAUAGACAUAUAAAAGAAAUAAUGUUGGCCAAUAAACACGGUCAUAUUCACAUCUUAGCACUUGAAAGGCUGUGUUUUCUUCUAUUCGAAAUACCAUCGGCUGCCUUAGGUACAUGCCAAAUAUUACACACAUCCGGAUCUGUUGAGAAAGCAAAAGGAUCAGCCCUUGGAGGAGAAAAAUGAAUCACGGACUUUCAUCUUUUUUUAAUCUUACCAGCCAAGUAAAAUAAUAGAAAAGAAAAAAACAGAAUAAACUCAUUUCACAGACUCUAUGACACAUUGAUUUCAUGGUCUUUGGUCUCUGCAAUCUGGAUAUGACUUUGGACAGAAGGAAAUGACAAAACAAAGGAAGGGAAAAGGAAUUCCUAAAGCUUCUCUGCACUAAUAUAGCUUCAGGCUCACAGGAAACGCUACAGAGCCACAAGUAACAUUCACUUGAGACUGGGCUGUGUUACUCAAGGAACCAAUAGCAGCUAAGAACUAUUGCUUUAACACUUAUGCAUGCAGCCGUCUGCCUUCCACUCGUGGGAGAGACCCAGUCUGGGGCUGGCGGGGAAGCUUCUCACAUUCCUCUCUCGUUCUGAAUGGUGUUAGUGUCAGUCUGCAGCUGUGUAUGGUAUUAUGUCUUAUAAUCUCGCAUCACCUCUACUCUAUCAAUUCAUAUCUAAUGUAGACCAUUAGUUUCCAGUGAAGUAAAUAUGUAGUGCUUUUAUGAUAUUUGUGUGCAAUACCCCACUUCCACUGAGGAUAUUUGAUGUAAAAGAAACAAACUCAAUUCCACAAUAAAAGAGAAACAAAUGUAGAAAUA